GAUGGCUGAUUUGAAACUCCUCACGGUUGUCAUCAUGGCCGCUGCCUUGGUCGCUGCCGGUCACAGAAGGCAGGAGAUGGAAUCGUCCUGGGGUGCUAAGGCUUCGGACGGUGACGUUCCAGACGAAGAAUCUGAGGGGAGCAUCAUGGACCUCUUCAAUUUCUUCGAGGAAAUGACCAAGAUGUUCGACGCCAUGUCACCUGGAGAAGAACAAGAAGGGCACAAGACAGAGACUACUUCAGGUGGAGAGGCAACAGAGGAAGGGACAGGGACGGUGGACAUCGCCGUGCCUCAUCAGCAAGCUGACAACUAUCAGAACCACGAGGAGCAGCCGGGGGCUCUGCACCGUGUGAAGCGACUGCGGCAAAGUCGGUUCCGCAAGGAGCAGGAGAUGGAAUCGUCCUGGGGUGCUAAGACUUCGGACGGUGACGUCGUUCCAGACGAAGAAUCUGAGGGGAGCAUCAUGGACCUCUUCAAUUUCUUCGAGGAAAUGAGCAAGAUGUUCGACGCCAUGUCACCUGGAGAAGAAGAAGAAGGGCAUAAGACAGAGAAUACUUCAGGUGGGGAGGCAACAGAGGUCGCUACCGGUCACAGAAGGCAGGAGAUGGAAUCGUCCUGGGGUGCUAAGGCUUCAGACGGUGACGUUCCAGACGAAGAAUCUGAGGGGAGCAUCAUGGACCUCUUCAAUUUCUUCGAGGAAAUGAGCAAGAUGUUCGACGCCAUGUCACCUGGAGAAGAAAAAGAAGAGCACACCGCAGAGACUACAUCAGGUGGAGAGGCAACAGAGGAAGGGACAGGGACGGUGGACGACGCCGUGCCUCAUCAGCCAGCUGACAAGUAUCAGGACCACGAGGAGCAGCCGGGGGCGCUACAGCGUGUGAAGCGACUGCACAGUCGGCAAAGUCAGUUCCGCAAACGGGGAGUGAAGCAAUGGUUUUGCGGCAAACUGGUGGAUUCAUCCGAGGAAAGGCCUAGAGGAAAGCGAGGUGUGAGGGAAAAACUCUGGCAGAUGUUCUGUAUUCCCGGUCCCGCCAGUGCCUCCAGUGCCAGCUCUUCAUCGGAAGAAUGGCGUCCGCCAAAGCAUGGGUGAAGACUGCAUGUAAGGCUGACAUGACUGGUUUCAAUGUGGUGGCUACAUGGGGAUGGCAG